GUAAAGGGACAUCAGGGCUAGCAGGAGUCAUUUAUAGAGCCAGGCUGGGCUAGAAAAGAGAGAAAGAAAGAGGAGGGGAAGGGAGAUCAAACAAACCCUGCGAGGAGCAGGAUGUCCCAGCAAGACAAAGGCAGGCUGUGAGCAUCAUGUACGUGAGCUAUCUGUUGGAUAAAGACACCAGCAUGUAUCCGGGAUCCGCAAGGUGCACCAGCAACAACCUGCCCGUGCAAAACUUCGUGUCUGCUCCAGCCUACUCCGACUACAUGGGAUACCACCCUGUGCCAGGCCUGGACACCCACGGGCAGGCGGCGCCGGCCUGGGGCUCCCACUACGGCCCCCAGCGCGAGGACUGGAGCGCCUACGGCCCAGGCCCUUCCAGCGCCGUGCCCGCUGCCCACAUCAACGGCUCGUCCCCUGGCCAGGGCUCCUACAGCUCUGCCGACUACAGCUCCCUGCACCCCGCUGCUGCUGCUGCGGCCUUACCUCCUGUAGAUACAAUUAAUGCCCAGCAAAUCUCUCCCAACAGCCAAAGGCACAGCUCUUACGAGUGGAUGAGGAAAACGGUGCAAUCCACUUCCACAGGUAAAACAAGAACAAGAGAGAAGUACCGAGUGGUUUACACAGAUCAUCAGAGAUUAGAAUUAGAGAAGGAGUUUCAUUACAACAGAUACAUUACAAUCAGAAGGAAGUCUGAACUUGCUGCAAACCUAAGACUUUCCGAGAGACAGGUGAAAAUCUGGUUCCAGAACCGAAGGGCCAAAGAAAGAAAAUUAAUGAAGAAGAAAAUGACUCACUUCGACGGCAGCAGUCUCGGCUCUCUGCAGAGUGACUCUGGCUCCGUGAGCCCGAUGCCGGUUCCUGAGGCACAGACUCAUUCGGAAAUGCCCGGUUCUCUAUUCCCAGCGCCGCCUGCCCCGGCCGCUCUCCCCAUGGGCGGUUUGCAGCACGGGGGGAGCCUGCAGCAGGUGGUGGCCUCGCAGUGA